AAGAAAUUGCCACCCCUAUUAUGACUUGUACCAUUCCGGUGAAUCUUCUUUCAGGGUGUUUUGGGAUUCACAUUGAUUGAUUUAAAAAGCUGAACAGAAACAGAUGGGGAGGCUUUAGGACAAAUAUACAACGAUCACACGAAACAAUAUGUUGUUGGGUCCUAAAGAAGGGACGAAGAUGAGUGUCGUGUCGUGUAGGUGGGAGGAAAAAGUCAGGUUAUGAGGAUUAUCAAAUUGAUGUGCAAUAUCCUUGAAGAGGAAUCAUCAUGACUGUGUACAGUUGUAGUCAUGUACCCCAGCGGCUGGGGAGGACCUUGUGCAAUCCCCUCCUCCUACUGUACAUAUCACUGCUACUCCUCCUGACCUGGUUACCACAGACACAAAGUCGAGACGUCAAACCUGUCAAGGAAAAAUACCUGCCUGACUACACUGUGUACCACAACCUGACUCAAGUUGGAGCUCACAUACAAGAACUUGCGCAGAAAUUUCCUGCCUAUCUUAGGUUAGACACAAGUUACCGUUCCAGAAAGGGACGACCGCAGUACGUAUUGAGAGUCUCCAACUUUUCAGGGAGCUACAGUAUCCAGCAUAGCACGGAGGUCGGAGUCACGCCGGUGAAGGCUCGCAUCCUGCUGGCUUACGGGGAACAUGCACGCGAAUUUUUCCCAGUGGAGAGCAUGUUUCACUUGCUACUGAAUCUGACAGGGGGUCUGACAGCAACAGAGGGGAGUCACAGCAGGGCAUACACUAGCGAGAUUCUGUCCAAGAUAGACCUGUUCAUAGUCGGCAUAGUGAACCCAGACGGUAGACAUCACGUGGAACAAACUAAGAACUACUGUUGGCGUGGGACGAGUACAGGAGUGGAUCUGAACAGGAACUUUGACUGGCAGUUUGGCGGUCCUGGUAGUUCGGGGGACCCUGAGGAUGAGGAGUACAGGGGAUCAGCUGCAUUCUCUGAGCCAGAGUGCUUGGUGCUGACAGAUCUGGUAACAAAGUUCCAGUUUGAUGCUUUCCUGUCUCUACACUCAGGCACAAGGGACAUCUACCUCCCAUUCUCUGACUCUCAGUCCAAGCAUGAGCAGAGGAAACCUAAGAACCUGGCUGACCAGAUGCGCUUGGCCAAACUGUUAUCUGACGCUAUGGUACCAGAGUUCCAGCACGGGAUUGGCUACGAGCUGAACCAGUACACAGCAGACGGGACGUCGUUCGACUACAUGGCAGGGGUAAAGGAGCUGCCUUUCUCCCUGGCAGUGGAGAUGUGGGGAGACCGUGACAGUCCCAGUAAAAGGUGCUUCGACCUCUUCAACCCUCCCAACAAGGAUCUGCAGACUGCCCUGGAUGAGGUCCAGCCGCUGUAUGAGACUCUCUUCUCCUACCUGAGCUACUGGAAGGAGCGCCAGGCUCGCAGCCCAUUUGGAGUUAUCGAGGAGCCGUCCAUGUCUUUUAUGUAUUUCUGCCUGUCCAUGACGGUGUUGUUUGUCGUGUUUGUGUGCAUGCACCGCCACCUGCCAUCAUCGCUACGGGCAUUCCCCAAGCGCCGGGUCAUCAGCAUCAACCGACUGUGGAUGAUGUGGAGGGACUGACCUGACCUACUGAUCCGCAGGUAGACAGUAGAAGAUCCAUUUCCAAACAUGAUGAUUUCAGAGAGAACUAUUUAUUGACAAAUCAUAAGUCAAAUGUUAAGCCGAUAGGGCAAAGUCCCGAGCAACUGAUGGCCAAUGGCAAGAACUAUUAUUAUGGAGGAGAAAAGAAUGGGAGUUUUCAUUCUCUUGGCUUGCCACUCGUUAAUCGGUAAUAAAGGUUUAUUGGAGGACAUCUAACUGCUCAAGUGUCAUUGAGUAAUCCUUGUAUGUCAAAAAUCAAUGUCAGUACACCAUAAGGAAAGUCUGCAAAAUUAUGUUGCAUCACUAAUAUGAAUCUGCAAGCCUGGGCUUGUGGCUUGCUGACUGAGAUAAUAAACUUGUGCUAUAACCUUACAGAA